UGACGUUCCUUCCGUUUGAUGCCCUUCCGCCUCGCACGUGUGUUUACAGAAAAUGUGGACGGUCUAGCUAAAGCGAACGUCAGAAAAAAUCAGCCUGUAAACUGAACCUGUGCGUGUGACCGCAGAAACAUGGGGAAGCUGAAUGUCGUGGUGUUGAGGUAUUUGUCUCGUGAUGAUUUCCGAGUCCUCACAGCGGUUGAGAUGGGGAUGAAGAACCAUGAGAUGGUUCCAGUGAGUCUCUUGUCGUCCAUCGCAAGCCUCAGACACGGCGGCUGUAAUAAGAUUCUCAGAGAACUUUGCAAGCACAAGCUCGUAGCCUAUGAACACACAAAGACUGUGCAGGGCUACAGGUUAAACAACGGUGGAUAUGACUACCUUGCACUGAAGACUUUGUGUGCCAGAGAAGUGGUCGUUUCAGUUGGAAACCAGAUGGGAGUGGGUAAAGAGUCAGACAUAUAUAUUGUGGCAGGUCCAAGUGGGGAACAGUAUGCGAUGAAGCUUCACAGACUGGGUCGUACAUCCUUCAGGAACCUCAAGAACAAGCGAGAUUACCAUCAACACCGGAAGAACAUGUCCUGGCUCUACCUCUCUCGGCUCUCUGCCAUGAAGGAGUUUGCCUACAUGAAGGCUUUGUAUGAUCGAGGCUUCCCUGUUCCCAAACCUGUGGACUACAACAGACAUGCUGUCGUGAUGGAGCUCAUCAAUGGAUUUCCCCUGUGUCAGGUUCAUGGGCUACAGGAUCCAGAAGGUCUGUACAGUGAGUUCAUGGAGCUCAUUGUUAAACUGGCCAAUCACGGCCUAAUUCACGGAGACUUCAAUGAGUUCAACCUUAUGUUGGAUGACCAGGAUCACAUCACUAUGAUUGAUUUCCCUCAGAUGGUUUCCACGUCACACGCUAAUGCUGAAUGGUAUUUUGAUCGUGAUGUGAAAUGUAUCAGAGAUUUCUUCGCAAAGCGGUACAAUUACGAGAGCGAGCUCUUUCCAACCUUCAAAGACAUCAGGCGGUCGUGUUCUCUGGACGUUGAGGUGUCAGCUAGUGGCUUCACCAAAGAUAUGGAGAGAGAUGGUGCAUUGCUUCAUCCAGCAGGACCAGAGGGAGAGGAAGAUGAUGAAGAGGAUGACGAAGAUGAAGAGACAACAGAUGAAGAAAUAGAAGGAGAAGAGGGGAGUGUGGACAUGGAGGAAUAUAAACAUGCAAUGCAAGAACUAGAGGGUCUGAAGGUCAGUGACACCCAUACAGACAGAGAGGAGGAGGAGCAGCAGCAGGAGGAGCAUGAUGAAGAGCAGGAGGAGGAGGAUGAAGAGCAGCAGCAGGAGGAGGAGGAUGACGAGAGUGAAAACCCGACAGAACAAAAAGAGACUGAAACAGCACCUGCUGCAAUCGGUGAUCUAAAUGCACAAAAUAACUUGGACGAAGAGCUGAAGGAAGCAGAGGAUGAGUGUCCAGAGCUGUCAGACAUUUCUGCCGCCAAUAAAGAGUUCAAACCAUUCAGAGACUCAGACAGUCUUCUACACAUGGCAGAACACAGGAGGAGGCGGACGGACAGUGAGGCCACAAUGGGCAGCACAGGGAGCUGCUCUACUAUACCCACAGAGGUGGUCCGUCAGAAGGUGCGGAGGCAGCUCACCAAACAGCAGAAGGCAUCACAGAGGAGACGUCUGCAGAAGGGAGAGGCCAACUUGGUGACCAAAUCCAGAAGGGAGAACCAAAAUAACAUCACGUCUAGUAUGGAGAGCGCCUCUUUCUGGGGAUAAACAGGACUCCGGUGAUGGACGGAUGGAAUUCAUGUCAGCCUGCUUUUUGUUUGGUUAAUUUCGCGUGUCACAUGGUUCCACACGAUGAUCAAUGAAAAAAAGACUUUUGCAAAAGCAAAAAAGGGGAUAAUGAUGACAAAACUGAGAACAUGUCGAGGUGAAACCAGAGAGAUCCUGUCUGUUUUUCUCUAGUAGCCUUUCCUUUUUCUAUUUGAGCUGCAACUGUUCUUUACACAUGUCAAUAUAAUGAAAGUGUGGUUAAUAAUUAAACCAUUUAUGGUAUAUUUUA